AUGGAUCAAAUGUUGCCGAGUCCGUCCGCCUUCAGCAUCCCCAGCAUUGGCACCCCCAUGCACCAGCUGGAGGAGGACCAGAUGAUCCUGCCCGAGGCGCUGCAGCAGCAGCACAACCGGCAGGCCUCCAGCAGCAGCGGCAGCGGCAUGGGGGCCAUGGGGGGCAUGGGCGGGAUGGGAAUGGGCGGCAGCCUCCCCUCCUUGGGGGGCUCCUCUAUGAUGACCCCUCACAAAAUGCCCACCUACGCCCCUUCGGUGGCGGGCUUCCAAACGCCGCACAGCAUGAUGCAGCCGCAGACCCCGCAAAACAUGAUGUCCCCAAUGACUGGCGGAUCAUCAAGUCAUGCAAAUGUACCUUCCAUUGGUCCGAUGACACCAGGCCCAAUGACUCCGAUGACACCUUCAUCUGCAGAUCCAGGCAUUGUACCACAGUUACAAAACAUUGUCUCAACUGUCAACCUCAAUUGCAAACUUGAGCUGAAAAAAAUAGCCCUUCAUGCCAGAAAUGCAGAAUACAAUCCUAAACGGUUCGCAGCUGUGAUUAUGAGAAUAAGAGAACCUCGAACUACCGCUCUCAUUUUUAGUUCUGGAAAGAUGGUGUGUACAGGGGCUAAGAGUGAAGAGGAUUCAAGAUUAGCAGCUCGUAAAUACGCAAGAAUUAUCCAGAAACUUGGCUUUCCUGCCAAGUUCCUUGACUUCAAAAUUCAGAAUAUGGUGGGUAGUUGUGAUGUGAAAUUCCCCAUUCGACUGGAGGGGCUUGUUCUUACCCAUGGACAAUUCAGCAGUUAUGAGCCUGAAUUAUUUCCAGGCCUUAUAUAUCGUAUGGUGAAGCCUAGAAUAGUACUUUUAAUCUUUGUGUCUGGUAAAGUAGUAUUAACUGGUGCCAAAGUGAGACAAGAGAUUUAUGAUGCCUUUGAUAAUAUAUAUCCCAUUUUGAAGAGCUUCAAGAAGCAGUGAUACUGAUCCCAAUCUAAAGACUGUAUUUCUGUACAACUAUUUUAAAAACAAUAAUUCUAAAUUGAGGAUCCUACACUGUUGUCAUAUUUUGUUAAAACUGUGCUUUUUCCACUUUUUUCUCCCCUUUAAAGAAAAUUAUUUACCUGUAGCCACUUUACUAUAUCUUUUGAUGCCUGAAAGGUUUAAAGUUUAUGGUAUGCAUGUGCCUAGUCUCUUGACAUUGUUUUCCUAGUUUUUCUGUACAUAUAAAUGAACACAAGUGCUAUUGCACAUCCAACUAAUUUCAGCUAAAACUAUUUGAUUCAAGUGAGCUUUUUUUUUUCUUUGAAGAGCCGUGGAAUUUAUAGGGAAAUUUACUAAGUUUUGUCUAGUGAAAUGAGCUGUGUUGUUUUAAGCUGGCUUGUAGAUUUGUGAAUGUUUUGUUCCAUGUCUCUAUUAUCUUACUUUAAUUGAUCUCAUUCUUGAUAAUUGCUACUGCUACAUGAUCAUUAUGUAAAUGAAGCCUUUGUUCUCCUUUAACACCAAAUUUUUACUCUGCAAUAACUGUUUUUAUUGUUUAUCAGUUUUGUUAAAAGUAUUUCUACAAAAUCUCUCAUGGAGCUACUGUAUGCUAAGCCGAUUGACAUUGUUACAGUUCCUUUGAUUUCACAUAGGUUUGCAGCUUUGCCUACAAAUUGUGACAUGGUGUUUCUGUAAGUGACAGUGCCUUUGACAGUGACUAUUGUUGAAAUUGGUCGUAUUUGUAAUGAACGGAGAGUCUGAGUAAGACUUCAGUCAAAUUUAGCUUUUUGUGUUCCAUUUACUGUAAAUACUCUAAAAUUUGUAAAUAAUGUUUCAUUUGUUUCUCAAAUUUUCCUUGAUGUCUAAAUGCAAUGCUGCGAAAUUUGAGCUGAUCAUCAAUCUGCUUCUGUCUCUCAGUGUUGUAAUUUUGACCAAGAAUUUGAAGCGUGAAAAUUCUAAAUUAUUCUAAUGCAACAGGUGUUUUUCAAAUAAUACCUUUUUAAAUAUGUACAUAUCAUCUGUACAUAUUGUUUUGGUACUUGUACUGUAUUGUAUAAGAUGUAUAAGAUUCGAUUUUCUUGUGUUGUACUAUUGAGAUUGAUUAUUAUAAUUUGUUGGUGCACAAAUCUAA